UAACCAGAAACCAUAGGCAUCGGCCUUGGGCGCCACACGAUUUCCGGCAGCAUCAACAACCGUUCAGGCUUUACUCCAUAGUCCAUACAAAUAUUUAUACGGCCCUUACCGCCUCGAGCCUAUAAAAGCGCCGCGCCUCGCCCCUGCACAGCUCACCUCACCUCACUCAAACCGAGCGCCAGUUGCCAGCACGAAGAGUAGGAGUAGGAAUCGAAGAGUGAGUGAAACUGAAAGACGAGGAGGAGCCAUGGCGACCCCGGAUGACCGCGGCAGCUGGUUGCUGUACCUGUCCCUAGCCGCCAAAUGCGCCGGCGAGCAGCCUUACCGCCUCGCGGGCUUCCUGGCCGUCUGCGCCGUGGCCUUCGUCGUGACAUGCCUCCUCCACUGGUGCUUCCCGGGAGGCCCGGCGUGGGGGAGGUGGUGGUGGACGCGGCGGCUCGGUGCCGGUGCCGGUGGCGGCGCGACGGCGGUGGCGGCGGCCCUGCCGGGGCCGAGGGGCCUGCCCGUGGUCGGGAGCAUGUGGCUCAUGACGGGCCUGGCGCACCGCAAGCUCGCGGCGGCGGCGGGGAGCCUCGGCGCCAGGCGCCUGAUGGCCUUCUCCCUCGGGGGCACGAGGGUGGUGGUGGCCUCGCACCCGGACGUGGCGCGCGAGAUCCUCAGCAGCCCGGCGUUCGCGGACCGGCCCAUCAAGGAGUCCGCGUACGGGCUCCUGUUCCACCGCGCCAUCGGCUUCGCGCCCUACGGCGCCUACUGGCGCGCGCUGCGCCGCGUGGCGUCCACGCACCUCUUCUCCCCGCGGCAGGUCGCCGCGUCGGCCGCGCAGCGCGCCGUCAUCGCGCGCCAGAUGGUCGGCGCCGUCAAGGAGCUGUCGGCGGCCUCGCCGGGGCGGCGCGGCGGCGUCGAGGUCCGCCGCGUCCUGCGCCGCGGCUCCCUGCACAGCGUCAUGUGGUCGGUGUUCGGCCGGCGGUACGACCUGGAGCUGGACCCGGCCAGGGAGAGCCCCGAGACGCGGGAGCUGAGGCGACUCGUGGACGAAGGGUACGACCUGCUGGGCCAGAUCAACUGGUCCGACCACCUCCCCGGCCUCGCGUGCCUCGACCUGCAGAGCACCAGGGCCAGGUGCGACCGCCUCGUCCCGCUCGUGACCCGCUUCGUCGGCGGCAUCGUCGACGAGCACCGCGCCCGGAACCACCUCCGCUCUGCUCCGCCUGCCGUCGUGGACUUCACCGACGUCCUGCUCUCGCUGCCGGCCGACGACAGGCUCACCGACGCUGACAUGAUCGCCGUCCUCUGGGAAAUGGUGUUCCGUGGAACUGACACCGUCGCCGUGCUGAUGGAGUGGGCGCUGGCCAGGCUCGUGCUGCACCCUGACGUGCAGGCCCGCGUCCACGACGAGCUGGACCGCGUGGUCGGGCCCCACCGGGCCGUCACCGAGUCCGACACGGCGUCACUGGUCUACCUGCACGCCGUGAUCAAGGAGGUGCUCAGGAUGCACCCGCCGGGCCCGCUGCUGUCGUGGGCUCGCCUGGCCACGUCAGACGUGCACGUCGACGGACACCUCAUCCCCGCCGGGACCACCGCGAUGGUGAACAUGUGGGCCAUUACGCACGACCCAGACGUGUGGGCCGAGCCGACGGAGUUCCAGCCGGAGAGGUUCAUGGGGUCCACCGAGUUCCCGAUCAUGGGGUCGGACCUCAGGCUCGCGCCGUUCGGGGCGGGCCGGCGCAGCUGCCCCGGGAAGAGCCUCGCCAUGGCCACCGUGGCCUUCUGGCUCGCGACGCUGCUGCACGAGUUCGAGCUGCUCCCCUCGCCCGUCGACCUGUCGGAGGUGCUCAAGCUGUCGUGCGAGAUGGCCGUCCCGCUGGCGCUGGCCGUGACGGCGAGGCCCCGGCAAGCGGUUCAGAAGUCGGUUGGGGUAUCAGUCUCACUGUGAGCAAUAGCAUGGCGGGCUGGCGCUACUGUACAUGGAAAGUGCUUCUGCUUGCAGGUUGCUACUACUCGGUCGACAUGGGUAUAUGCUUUUCAUGUUACUGUCUUUGAUGUGUAUCGAUCAGGUGCCGAAUGUGAUACUUUGGCUUGUACUGUUAGCUCUUUUCCUGGGUGCUCUUUUCUUUCUUUUUCUUAGUACUCGCUGUAAGACUCGUCAAAUGUAUAUGCUGGUUUGGAUGGUUUUGGAUUGUAGUCGCAUACUACUAGUAGUAUUGCGCAGUUCAAUGCCUAAAUAUGCUAUAAUCAUUCAUGUUCGUACCA